AUAUACAGCUAGAUAGAAAGAUCCAUCAGUAGAUGCACAGAUAAAUAGAUGUGAAGUAACAAAACUAAAACGUGAACUGAACUGGGACAUCAGGAAAUUGACCAGUAUGACAGGUCCAGGGCAAGAUGCACACAGACUGUCUGUGAAAACAUGGGCAGAGGAGGACAGUGACCGAGCUGACAGCACUCUUAGCAGAGCACAGUCCAUGUGUGAUGACACUUCUUCAGAGCUUCAAAGAAUGGCAGCCAUCGACAGGAGAGAUAUUAAUUCCCAGAAUUCCUUCCGUGGGCGAGGUGCUCUGUCCAGGAUAGUAAGUAUGGUGAUGACCCUGAGAGAAUGGGCUCACAAGAGUUUAGCUGAAGAGACGGAGCGACCGGAUUCCUUCUUGGAACGUUUCAGAGGCCCCGCCCACAUGGAUAUACAGGCCCCGCCCAGCAGAUUCAGCCACACUGGCUCUGAUGUAGAUAGUGAAAUCAGACAAUCCAGAUGCAUGAGGAGGUAUUGUAAAGUUGCGGUCUUAUCCCCGUCUGAUGAUGCAUACUACCACUGGCUGAUGGUGGUUGGUGCUGCUGUUUUUUAUAACUGGACUCUGCUAGUUGUCAGAGCCUGCUUUGAUGAGCUCCAAAUGAGAAAUGUGUUGCUGUGGCUGGUGCUGGACUACGCCUGUGAUGGAGUCUAUAUCCUGGAUAUAGUUGUUCGUCUCCACACAGGUUUCUUGGAUGAAGGCUUGAUGGUGAAAGAUGUGCGCCGUCUGAGAGAAACCUACAUUCGAACCUUACAGUGUAAACUUGACAUAUGCUCCAUCCUUCCAACCGAUCUCUUAUAUUUGAUUGUUGGAGUCAGCUACACGCCUCUUCUUCGAUCCAACAGGCUGCUGCGCCUGUCACGCCUGUUUGAGUUAUUUGAACGUACAGAAACACGAACAGGCUACCCCAACGCCUUCCGCAUCUGUAAACUGAUUCUGUACAUCCUGGUGAUCAUUCACUGGAAUGCCUGUGUAUAUUACAGCUUCUCUAAAUUCCUGGGACUAGGCUCCGAUUCUUGGGUUUAUCCCAAUGCAUCUGAUCCUGAGUUUGGCUCACUGUCCAGAAGUUACAUAUACUGUCUGUACUGGUCUACUCUGACACUGACUACCAUUGGUGAGACACCCCCUCCUGUUAGAGAUGAGGAAUAUAUGUUCCUGAUAUUUGACUUUAUGGUUGGUGUUCUGAUUUUUGCAUCCAUUGUGGGAAAUGUUGGAUCCAUGAUCUCCAACAUGAAUGCCACUAGAGCAACAUUUCAAAGCCGCGUAGAUUCUUUGAAACAUUAUAUGCACUUCAGACAUGUCAGCAAGGUGCUAGAGCAGCGCGUCAUCCGCUGGUUUGACUACCUCUGGACCAAUCAGAAGACAAUAGAUGAACAGGAGGUGCUGAGGAGCCUUCCCAAUAAACUGAGAGCAGAGAUUGCUAUUAAUGUUCACCUGGACACAUUGAAAAAGGUGCGUAUUUUCCAGAACUGUGAGGCGGGCCUCCUUGUAGAGUUGGUAUUGAAACUUCAACCACAAGUUUUCAGUCCUGGAGACUACAUCUGCAGAAAGGGAGAUGUAGGUAAGGAGAUGUAUAUAAUUAAAGAUGGCCGACUGGCGGUGGUGGGGGAGGAUGGAGUCACCCAGUUAGCGGUUCUGACAGCAGGGAGCUGCUUCGGAGAGAUCAGUGUCCUGAAUAUCAGUGGCGGCAAGAUGGGCAACAGACGUACAGCUAAUAUUCGCAGUGUGGGAUACUCAGACCUCUUCUGCCUUUCCAAACAAGACCUGAUGGAGGCACUUCAGGAGUUCCCUGAUGCAAGGGCCCAGCUGGAGCAGAGGGGGAGGGACAUCCUGCAGAAGGAGGGACUUCUGGAAGAGAUAAACGUGUCUGCAGGGGAAGAGCUCGAGGAGAAGGUGGAGAGGCUGGAAACCAGUCUGGAUCGGCUGCAGACAUGUUUAGCCCGUCUGCAGAGUGAGUUCAACUCUUCCCAGCUUCGAAUGAAACAGCGAAUCACAGCCCUUGAACAGAAUGUCACCACAGUAUUCACAGGCAGUGGCUUCCUGUCAGAUGCUGAGGGCAAUGAUAGUGUUUCUGGUGGUGAUGGCGUGCGCAGUGAACUCAACAUCCAGCUGUGAUGGACAAACACUGUCUAUGGAGAUACAGUAUAUGUACAAACAGCAUACAGUGUCGUUAUUGUCACUACGGUGUAACUUUUAAAAAAAUGAAAAUACAGAAAAAAAUGUUAUUAAUAUCUAUUUUUUUCAAUGUCAACUGCUCAGGAUCUGACAUAAAUCAAUUUCACAUAUAUUUAUUUAAUUUUGAGCUUGUCUUAAAGGUAGGGUUGGUGAUUCUGGAAAAAACAGCGAGAGGAAGCACAAUUUUGAAAGUAGUCAACUGAAUAAAUCCCCCCCUUUUGUUCUGACUUCUCUCCAAAGCCACUCCUUUAAAACACAACAUGCACUGCAACAUGCACUGCCUGACUACUACUUUGCAGAGUUCAGGAAAACAAUAAAUUCCCCCAAACCAAAUAAAACUGAUAAUUACCUGUCCAGCAGAAAUCUGGCCACCA